GCUGUCAAACUCUGGGGAAGCUGCAAGAAGUUACAAGUCAGACAUUCCUAUGUACACUUGACCCUUCAGUUUGGCUAUCCUGACGAUGGGGCACCUGGAAAACUCCACAGCCUCCUCCAACUACUUCUCCGUGCACACGGACAGCGCCACGCUCUCCCAGGCGCACAAAAGCAGCGGGAACGCUUACUUCUACAUGCUGAUAGUCAUGGCUUUCUACGGAAUCUUCCUGUGUGGGAUCAUGCUGGGCUACUUUCGCUCCAAGAGGAAGGAGAAGAAGCGGAUCAACGUCUUCACACGUCUGGUGCACGAGGAGGAGCAACGGGAGUGGGGCGCACUGCCCAAAAAGCACAGCUUGGCGGGGUUGCGCGCUAUGCACGUGUCCCUGCCUUUCAACCACGGGGACCACUUAGGACACCUCCAGCACGAGGGCGCGCUGUCUGUGCCGCUGGCGUGCGCAUUCUGCGCGGAGCACAGCAGCGUCAGCUCUUUGUGCUCCUCGGCGGACGCGCACUUCGCCAUUGAGGAGGAGUCGGACAGCGGCACGGCAGAGGGAUCGGACGACAACCCGAAGGUCAACUCCGAAAACAGCGGGGAGGAUUUGAGCUGAGAGCGCGGCCAGAAGAGGAGAGAACCAUCACCCGCAGACAAGAAGGUUCCCACGCACAGAAGGCUUUUGCGUGUCAUAGAGGCUGGCCCAGUCAACGUCUGGUUUCGUCAUCCAGUUAUCACUAAUUAACAAAACAAACAAAAAAAAAAAAACAGCACAAUGUGUUUAUCCAUCAAAGAGUCU